AUGAUCGAUGGUGGGGGCCGAGGUGAGCGAAUCCGAGAGCUCUUGUGGGUUUUUCCUGUCAUCGUCUUGAGCGAGGUGUUGUAUACCUGUGACAACGAGCUGUUUCCUCGUCGCGAUGCCAACAACAGAACCAAGGCUUUGAAAUAUAAACUCGUCGCCAUCGCAUCGAUCUUGAUGGUCGGUGCUCUCGGCGUUUCACUCCCGAUUCUCGCCAAGAAGAUCACGACGUUUCGACCGGAAAACAACGCCUUCUUCCUAAUCAAAGCAUUCGUUGCCGGUGUAAUUCUCGCCACCGCCUUUGUCCAUAUACUCCACGACGGAUACGAGUCCUUGUCCAACCCUCGCUUCAGCGAAAAGCCUUGGAGUGUUUUCCCUUUCUCCUGCUUUCUCACCAUGGUCUCGGCCAUAGCCACGAUGAUGAUCGACACGUUCGCGACGAGUUGCUACAAGAAGUCGCAUUUCAACAAGGCUUUGCCGGUGAAUGGAGGAGAGGAGGUGAACGGGAAGAUUGCUUCAAUGAAGGCGAUUUCCAUCAUUCUUCGACGAGAAACCACCAAAGCUCUAUAA